AUGAAGACCUCCACCAUUUUAGCCUCUCUUGCUGUCGCCAUGGGCGCUGCUGCCAGAAACGUAACACUCGGAGUUGUGGAUGUGAACUUCCACAAGGCCAGCAUCAACAGUCGUCACUCCGGUGCUGGAUUUAACUACUUUUUCGUUGGCUCGGAAACUGGCUACCCAGACCUGUAUGACUUGAACGACGACGGCGUUGCUACACUUAACAUCGAUUCACAGUAUCCAUACAAUGUGGGAGUUCUUGGUAACUAUCUCGCAGUUGGUCCCCUGGUUACACCCGUCGAACUUGAAGUGACGGAUGGUGCUAUUGACAACUACAAAUUCUGGGCUUGUUUGAACACCAACGAUCCAUACAACUAUUCUGCCAAGGACAGAGUCAUCUUGGUUAAUGAGAAGGGAAACUCAACAGCACCUUCUUCUGAAUGUAUUUCUGUUAAGAUUCUUGUCGAAGAUCAAUAG